UAGCCGCCCAUCCGCUCAUUCAGUUCUGAACAAGCAAUUUAGUGCGACGUGUAGUAAAAGUGAGCACCUAAUCAUUCAUCCAGCAGUGAGCAGUGGUGAGGGAGGAAAUAAAAAGUGAAACAACUUCGUCACAAUAUGGAAUAUAAAAUCACGGCACCGGCGGUCCUUCGGGAGCCACUCGUUACGCCCAACAAACUGCUAAUGGGCCCUGGGCCAUCAAAUGCCCCUCAGCGGGUCUUGGAUGCCAUGUCCCGGCCCAUUCUCGGUCACUUGCACCCGGAAACGCUCAAAAUCAUGGACGACAUCAAGGAGGGCGUCCGGUACCUGUUCCAAACGAACAACGUCGCCACAUUCUGCCUUAGCGCGUCCGGCCACGGUGGUAUGGAAGCAACUCUGUGCAAUCUGCUCGAGGACGGAGACGUGAUACUGAUCGGUCAUACCGGUCAUUGGGGUGAUCGAUCGGCCGACAUGGCCGCGCGAUACGGUGCCGAUGUGCAGAUCGUCAAAUCCAAAGUUGGUCAAUCGCUUAGCUUGGAGGAAAUUCGGGCUGCCCUGGUGCUUCACAAACCUUCGGUACUGUUCCUGACGCAGGGUGAUUCUUCUACGGGAGUUCUGCAACCAUUGGAGGGUGUUGGGGCUCUAUGCCAUCAGCACAAUUGUCUGCUGAUUGUGGACACGGUGGCCUCGCUGGGAGGUGCACCGAUGUUCAUGGACCGCUGGGAGAUCGAUGCCAUGUACACCGGAUCGCAGAAGGUGCUCGGAGCGCCGCCCGGUAUCACACCGGUUUCGUUCAGCCACAGAGCCGUAGAACGCUACAAGCGACGCAAUUCCAAGGUCAAAGUGUACUACUGGGACAUGUCUCUUGUCGGCGAUUAUUGGGGCUGCUUCGGUAGACCCAGAAUCUACCACCACACCAUCUCCUCCACCCUGUUGUACGGCCUCCGGGAAGCGAUCGCCAUGGCCUGCGAAGAAGGCCUGCCGGCACUGAUCGCUCGCCAUCAGGACUGCGCCAAGCGGUUGUACCGCGGACUGCAGGACGGUGGUUUUGAGCUGUAUGCGGAUCCCAAGGAUCGUCUGUCGACGGUGACGACCAUCAAGGUGCCCCAGGGUGUGGAUUGGCUCAAGGUCGCCCAGUACGCCAUGAAGACAUAUUUGGUGGAAAUCAGUGGAGGUCUAGGACCUACGGCCGGACAGGUGUUCCGAAUUGGAUUGAUGGGUCAGAACGCUACCACCGAACGGGUGGAUCGAGUUCUUCAAGUUUUCCAGGAAGCGGUUGCUGCGGUGAAACCCGACGUCCAGGUCAAGGGCAAGAUGUAAUCAAAGGUUGUUGAGGAUUAGGUUUAAUAAAGUUUUACUUCCUA